CUGUAGGUGCUGCCCGGUUGGGCCCAGAAAUGGGAUGUCAGGCCUCCGAAAGGGGCAUAGUGGAAGCGAGGGCCUCGAGCCUCUGCUGUGACGGCCAGUGAGCGAGCCACAGAGGAUGUCCACCACGACGACGGUCGCCCCUGCGGGGAUCCCGGCAGCCCCGGGCCCGGUGAACCCGCCCCCACCGGAGGUCUCCAACCCUGCCAAGCCCGGCCGCAAGACCAACCAGCUGCAGUACAUGCAGAAUGUGGUGGUGAAGACGCUCUGGAAACACCAGUUUGCUUGGCCCUUCUACCAGCCCGUGGACGCAAUCAAGCUCAACCUGCCUGAUUAUCAUAAAAUCAUAAAAAACCCAAUGGACAUGGGGACUAUUAAGAAGAGACUAGAAAAUAAUUAUUACUGGAGCGCGAGCGAAUGUAUGCAGGACUUCAACACCAUGUUUACAAAUUGUUACAUUUAUAACAAGCCCACAGAUGACAUAGUGCUAAUGGCCCAAGCCUUAGAGAAAAUUUUUCUGCAGAAAGUGGCCCAGAUGCCCCAGGAGGAAGUUGAAUUAUUACCCCCUGCUCCGAAGGGCAAAGGCCGGAAACCGGCUGCAGGAACCCAGAGUGCAGGUACGCAGCAAGUGGCGGCUGUGUCCUCUGUCUCCCCAGCAACCCCUUUCCAGAGCGUCCCCCCCACUGUCUCCCAGACGCCUGUCAUUGCUGCCACCCCAGUGCCAACCAUCACUGCAAACAUCACGUCGGUCCCCGUUCCCCCGGCUGCCGCCCCACCUCCUCCCUCGACGCCCAUCAUCCCCGUGGUCCCUCCCACACCGCCUGUAGUCAAGAAAAAGGGCGUGAAGCGGAAAGCAGACACCACAACGCCCACGACGUCCGCCAUCACCGCUAGCCGGAGCGAGUCGCCCCCGCCACUGUCAGACCCCAAGCAGGCCAAGGUGGUGGCACGGCGGGAGAGCGGGGGCCGCCCCAUCAAGCCGCCCAAGAAGGACUUGGAGGACGGCGAGGUGCCGCAGCACGCGGGCAAGAAGGGCAAGCUGUCGGAGCACCUGCGGCACUGCGACAGCAUCCUCAAGGAGAUGCUGUCCAAGAAGCACGCGGCCUACGCCUGGCCCUUCUACAAGCCGGUGGACGCCGAGGCCCUGGAGCUGCACGACUACCACGACAUCAUCAAGCACCCGAUGGACCUCAGCACUGUCAAGAAGAAGAUGGACAGCCGUGAGUACCCAGAUGCGCAGGGCUUUGCCGCCGACAUCCGGUUAAUGUUCUCCAACUGCUACAAAUACAACCCCCCAGACCACGAGGUGGUGGCCAUGGCCAGGAAGCUCCAGGACGUGUUUGAGAUGCGGUUUGCCAAGAUGCCGGAUGAGCCAGUGGAGGCGCCGGCUCUGCCUGCCCCCGCGGCCCCCGUGCUGAGCAAGGGCGCCGAGAGCAGCCGUAGCAGUGAGGAGAGCUCCUCGGACUCGGGCAGCUCAGACUCGGAGGAGGAGCGGGCCACCCGGCUGGCCGAGCUGCAGGAACAGCUGAAGGCUGUGCACGAGCAGCUGGCCGCCCUGUCGCAGGCCCCGGUGAACAAGCCGAAGAGGAAGAAGGAGAAGAAGGAGAAGGAGAAGAAGAAGAAGGACAAGGACAAGGACAGGCACAAGACAAAGCCCGAGGACGAGAGGAAGGCCAAGGCGGCCCCACCCGCCAAGCCCGCCCAGCCGAAGAAGGCCCCCGCCAAGAAGGCCAGCAGCACGGCCGUGGCCAGCAGGCAGCCGAAGAAGGGUGGCAAGCAGGCGUCAGCCUCCUACGACUCGGAGGAGGAGGAAGAGGGCCUGCCCAUGAGCUAUGACGAGAAGCGCCAGCUCAGCCUGGACAUCAACCGGCUGCCCGGGGAGAAGCUGGGCCGGGUGGUGCACAUCAUCCAGUCCCGGGAGCCCUCGCUCAGGGACUCCAAUCCUGACGAGAUAGAGAUUGACUUUGAGACUCUGAAGCCCACCACUUUGCGGGAGCUAGAGAGAUACGUCAAGUCUUGUUUACAGAAGAAGCAAAGGAAGCCAUUGUCCACGAGCGGGAAGAAGCAGGCGGCCAAGUCGAAGGAGGAGUUAGCUCAGGAAAAGAAGAAGGAGUUAGAGAAGCGGCUGCAGGACGUCAGCGGGCAGCUGAACAACAAGAAGCCCGCCAGGAAAGAGAAAGCGGGCUCUGCGCCCUCGGGCGGGCCGUCCCGGCUCAGCAGCAGCAGCUCCUCCGGCUCUGGGAGCAGCAGCUCCAGCGGGUCCAGCUCCGACAGCAGCGACUCGGAAUGA